AUGGCAAUAGUGGCAACGCUGGCAUCAAUAGGGAUGGCCGUGGGCCCGCCCCUGGUAUAUGCCGACCAGGCGUAUAGUAUUGUGAAGAAGAAAGACUCUUCUGGUUUCUCCCAUGACGUUUGCGGAGUUGUCAUUAUCGCCAAUAUCAUUCGUAUAUUCUUUUGGCUAGGAGAACGAUUCGAAACUCCGCUACUGAUCCAGUCGAUCCUUCUAAUACUAUCUCAACUCGGUCUCCUCGCCAUCUGCCUUCACUACUCCCCUUCUGCCCGAUCCCAGGAAUCAGAGUCAUACACCCCCAUUGAUCCUUCAAAUCAUGAUCCCGAUCAGUCUUUGGAAGACAUCGAACACACCGAAGGCCCUUCUUCGUUCGCCCCUCACCAGCAUCCCUUGAAUGAGGGCGGUCUGAAAAACAUGUGGCAAGGGUUGAAGGCCGGUAACAGGCCGUUCGGAUUCUGGCAGUGGGAAGGGUUCGGGAGCUAUCUGGAAUUCUUGGCGGGGAUGAUUGUCGUUUUGGGGAUACUACAGAUCAUUUUGGGUCGAUGGAUGUGGUAUAUCGACACUAUCGGCCUGAUAGCGCUUACAAUCGAAUCAACUCUCCCCAUCCCUCAGUUCAUCAGCAACUAUAGAAACAAGUCGUGUUACGGUUUCCGAGAAUCUGCUCUCGCCGGGUGGAUAUUUGGAGACUCGUUCAAGACGGUAUACUUUUUCUUGCGGGGAAACCCAAUACAGUUCAAAAUCACCGCCAUCAUGUUGGUCUGCUGGGACUUUGCUGUCCUCGCCCAACGUAUCAAAUAUGGCUCCAAGCCACCUCAAUCCCAACAGGGCGGUGUCGAGUUUGACGCUGAUGGAGAGCACCAGCAUCAUGACCGAGAUGAAGAGUCUAGAGGCUUGAGGGAUGGGAGUGAGAGAUGA